AUGUUGUAUGUUUUCCAUGUGGAUGCUGGUCAAAUGACCACAUAUGAUAUGAACCUUACACUCCAAAGUGUGUCUAGCUUAAAAGCUGCUAUAGAGAGGAAAACCAAAAUUUCAGCAACUUCUCUUGUUCUUCUUGUAAGUGGGGGUGAAGUUCUGCAAUCUGAUCAUAUGGUUUCAUCAUACAGUGCUGGAACAGAUACUAAUCCCAUAUACAUGUUCAGCAAACCUUCAGUCAAAGAUAGUAGAAUAAAACAAUCAAUGGUAGGAGACCUCAGCCCCAUUGUGGAAUUAAGUACAGGAGCAUUUCGAAGUGAUAGUCGCAGCGCUUUUGAAGGGAAGUCGAUUGUCGACUUAAGGAGUUCUGUUGAAAUGUGCUGUUCAUUACCUCCAACUGUUCAUACAGUAAUAUCAUGUGCCACAUUGGCUCAGCAGUUCAGUGACCUUGCUCAUGAUGUGUCUAGGAGUUGUGACCAGUUAGUUCUUGAACAACAUCUACAACAUCAAGGUUGGGCUGCUGUUGUUGCUAACUUAGAGGACAUAUUUAAUGAAUUUUGUGAACGGUCAAGAAGUUUCAAAGAAUCAUUUAGGAAACAUCGUUUAAAGAAGGAGGAAUAUCAUGAAAUGUUAAAUACCCUCAAUGAUGUUUUAAAGUCAUUAAAGAAGAUUCCAAUCCUCCCCGCACUUCAAUUACAAGCUGAAGCGCACAGGUUCUCUGCUUUCGAUGUAUUUGAGGACACGGAUUUCGAGGGUCAUCAUUACAGGAUAAAUCAACCAUUAGACAAUAGCUCAGAAAACAGAGCAUAUCAGGACUUUGGAGUAGAAGCAUUCAAGUUGUCAGAGGAAGAUGUAUUUGAUCAAAAACAUCCAACUACAAGUAAAGAAGGAGCAGAAUCUUCAGAUGCAAUGCAACAAAUUGAGGAGUCUGAUGAAGGGGUUACUUUUAAAGCAAGUUCUUACGAGACCAAAGAAGAGCCAACUUUGUUGCAUUGGAUUCUCGCUCAAGGGAAUAAAGCCUCUUUGCAAGAUAUUUUAGACUACUGCGAAAAAGGACUAGCUUUGAUCGACGCAGAACCACUCAAGGAACGAGAAGCAGAGCUGUAUCACAUACUUGAGUAUGCUAACAUGCACGGCCUGAAGCAAAUCAAAGGUAUCGAAGAUCGCUUGUACGGUCUCGAUCAGCUUUUAAGUGAAGUUAAGAAAAUUGAGCGGGACCAGCAUGAUCAAGCAGCGUCGCUGAUACAGUACCGUGAGCGUCUAAAUUCUGCGUGCGACCCUUCAGUAUUGCCAACUCUAGUACAAUCACACUGCUGUCAGUUGGAAAAACUUCUAAAUGGACAUCAAGUGUUGGUUGAUAUUCGACGUCGCAUUGCAAAUUCGAAGGAUGAACUCUCACAUAUAUUGAAGGCUAGAUUGGAGGCGGUGCUGAUGAUCGAGAACUCGAUGUCGGUGCAGGACGCGCACGCGAUGCUGUCGUUCCAGUGCUUCAACCGGCUGGCGCGCUACUUCGGCAUCGUGGCGCAGCUGCACCGCGCGCCCGCCGUGUUCGUGCGCGCCGCGCACGAGGUCGCGCGCCGCCGCGCCUUCUCCGCCGCACACCUCCAGUGGGCAACAGAUCUCGCAGAGAAAUUACAAAAGAUUCAUGAAGAAGAAGUAAACCGUCGUCAAGACUUCAAUACGUUGUUCGACGGACAUUUUCUUAAGAAUCUAUUCCCAGGCAUGUCUGACCUCCCACCGACAUUUGCUACACAAGCGCCGCCUGCGUUCGACGCCCGCCUCCCGAAAAUAACGGAUGAGGAUGUGCAGCUUAUUUCUAAUACAUUUCAAGAAUUGGCCCAGAAUGUGCCCCACUAUGAUAUGGAAGCCACAGUGAAAUUUUUCCGACAAAGGUUAUCAGCAUCUGACCACGAUGAAAGGGAUGUUGAUGUUCAAGUGGACCUCGAUAGGGAUAUCGAAUCAGAAACGGAAACAGGCGAUUUUGAGAAGUUGAGCAGACAGAGCGGUUUACACAAGCAGAAAAUCGACGCGUCCACGACCUGCGUUCCCGAUACGAUGGCGGUAUCAACUGUAACCGAGGAAAAUAUGGACACUCAUAAAUUGAACAUUGAAAAACUUCAAGACUUCUUAAGUAAACUGUGCACCUUGUGUAAAAUUAACAUAAUGUAUAUUAAAGACGAAUUAGUUAAACUCAAAGAUGAGAUAGAGGAACAGAAAAAAUAUAUAUCUGGAAAAUAUUUAGAAGUAAUUCAUGCUUGGGAGAAGAGUAACGAGGAGACGGCUAUAAGGUUUCGUGAACAAACGCAAAGGCUGACCGUUGAUCAUGAAUUAGAAUUAAGUGACAUCAAAGCAUGCCUUAAUGACAAGGAUGACAUCAUUAAUUCUUUGAAAAAUGAACAAGAACAAUUGAAAAUUCAACAUAACAAAGAAGUAGAGAAAUUAGAAUCGGAACAUCAGGGUACUAAAGACUUAUUAGAAAAAACUCGAGAGGAAAUGAAAGCGUUUGAAAAGAAGCUUGAAGAAAUGGAAGCACAAAAGCAAAAAGAAAUCAAAGAGUUACAAGAAAAGAUGCACUUGGAUUUUAAAGCCGAAGUUGAAUCCAUGCGUUCCAGAUUCAGAUUAGUAGCACUGACCAAUAUGGAUCGGUCACCAUCUGAGUCCAGUUUAGAGAAGAUUGAGCGAACUGAUGUAAUAGAGAUAAACAAUCACAACGCCAUUGUAAUGCAGACAAAGGAGAACGCGGAAGUGGAGAAAGAAGAAGCUGUGAGAGUCGCAGUGGAGAAAUGUAAAGCGGAGUGUGAGCAGAAAAUUAAUGCAGAAAUUGCUUUGCUGAAAGCCAAAUAUGAGGCUGACAAACAGGUAACAAUAAACGACGUGACCCGUCGACUGCUCUCCGAAAAGGAUCGACAGUUGGAGUUAUUACGCGAACGCGAACAGACGCUUGCGCGUGAGUGCAUGAAGUAUCGCGAGACUAUACAACAGCUCACCGACCCCGAGACCAACGACUACGAUACUUUGCUUAAGACGCAGCUGGCAACACUUGAAAACGAAAAGGCUGCUCUUCAGCAUCAAGUAGUAGAGUUGAAAAAAGAGUUGGAAAAAAAGAAUGAGGAAGGAGAAAAGAGUCGAGAAGAUGACAGUGAGGGGAGGUCGUCGCCGAAGAAGGAGGAGGGCAGGGCGGGGCGCGAGGGGCGGGCGCGGGCACGCUGCCACACGCCGUGCGGGCUGGCGGGCGGUGCGCUCAGCCUGUCGUCGUGCCUGCCCGGGCACACCGUGCUGCUGCUGUGGGACCCCGCGCACCUCAACUACACCGUCAUGCAGGAGGCAUCGAUGAUGUACUUCGUUCACAGUGACUGCCUGCCAGCGCUGGAUCUUAGUAUACAAGUCAAGAACGAAAGUGAAAGAAAACUCUACACUGUUGCUACAGUUGAAUCCAAGGAGUUUUGUUAUGCAAAAAAGAACGGUAAUCGUUAUCAAAUGCCACGUGGGUCGCGUUUCUAUAGAGUUCGUGUUCGUCCGCUGCGACCGCAAUUGGCGCAGCCGCCAUGUUGUGACCAUAGACAUAAACAAGAUGCAAUGAAGAGCAGCGUUCUCAGCAUGUUCGCUGAAAAUCGACCGCUCAAGAAAUGGUUGACCUACAUGCAUGCUCCAGAUGUACAAAAGUCCGUUGACACAAGCCAAUCAACAAGUUCGAACACAGAUGAGUCAUGCAGAGUGAGUGAGGUGGCGACGGCUACACUUAUAAACCUGGAGUCACCAGUAGAGGGUGAAACAUCCACAUCCGCUGUGCAGACCGCAGAAGACCAGCUGGAUUCCAUCGAAGCAAGUGAGCAGUGGAAUACGUCCAGAAUGCAAAUAUCCACAGUCAGUGCUGUUACGGACAUGGAGUGCAGCGUGGGUCGGUGUCCAGGCGGCGAGCCGCUGGAGCUGUCGGUGAGCGCGGUGGCGGUGGUGGCGCGCGGCGCGGCGCCGCCCGGCUCCGAGCUGGCGCAGGAGGCCGCGCCCUGA